GGACAUAAUUGACAUGGCUGCGGAAUCUCCAACUGACUGCGCGGUGGCAGGCAGACUAGAGCUGUGGAUUGCCAAAGUUGUGUCUGGGGUGAAAGUGGAGCGCUGGAGUUUCUUUGAAGAUCAUUUUAUUGCAGCGAGAAAGGCUGUCCAGGAAAGUUCUCCAUGAAUGUACGUCACAAUGAUGAUGACAGACCAGAUUCCGCUGGACCUGCCACCACCACUAUUGAACGGGGAGGUGGCCAUGAUGCCUCACAUGAUUAAUGUUAAUGGGGAUGGAUCGCAACAGGUGAUCCUGGUUCAAGUCAACCCUGGAGAGACCUUCACCAUUAGAGCGGAGGACGGCUCUCUGCAAUGCAUUCAAGGGCCUGCAGAAGUUCCGAUGAUGUCACCGAAUGGAUCCAUCCCACCCAUCCAUGUGCCUCCUGGCUACAUUUCACAGGUGCUGGAAGACAACACAGGGGUCCGGAGAGUGGUGGUCACCCCUCAGUCUCCGGAAUGUUAUCCUCCCAGCUAUUCCCCAGCCAUCUCUCCCACUCAUCACUUACCUCCAUACAUGGCUUCCCCACCCUUUAUCCCCAACUCACACACAGCCUUCUACCCACCCGUCAGCCCUGGGGACAUUCCACCCCACCAGUACUACCAGCAUCAUAUCCCUCCAAUAUACAAUGAAGAGAUUAUUCCCCUGUAUGGGAUGAACUACAUUGGGCGGGAUGAGCAGUACAAACCACCACCGAAGAAGAUGAAGGACAGAUUGGAGCGUCAGAAUCAUCUCAACAGCCCUCCCUCUAUCUAUAAGAGCAACAUGGGCUGCAACAACAUGUACAAUGGGUACGGCAAGAUCCAUGGAAGUGUUGGAGGUGGUGGAGGAGGAAGCAGUCCUGGGGCUAAAAAAACAACCCGUGGUUCUCGGAGUAGCCCUAGGUCCAGCGAGCCAGACUUACAGGAUCAUGAUUCAGAAGCAAAGAGAGUUCAAGAUGUUCUAUCAGGAAUGGAAAAACCACAGAUUUUUAAUAUUCAGGCCCGGACAGCCAGGCUGACCUGGGCUCCACCAGCAGGCCUCCAGAACAGAGACAGACACAGUAACGGACACCCCUUCACUUGCAGCUAUGAGGUCACUCUCUCAGACAAGGGCCGAAAUGGCCAGUACCGCAUCAUAUAUAGUGGAGAGGAGUUGGAAUGCAAUUUAAAAGAUCUUAGGCCAGCAACAGAUUACCACGUCAGAGUGAACGCCGUGUGCAAUUCAGUGAAAGGCUCAUGUUCAGAAGUGGGGGCCUUUACUACCCACAGCAGUACCCCAGACUACCCACUGCCCCCUAAACUGUCCCAUCGCACAAAGAGCACACUCACACUGCAGUGGAAGGCACCAGUCGAUAAUGGAUCAAAAAUCACCAGUUACCUUUUAGAGUGGGAUGAGGGCAAAAAGAACAACGUUUUCAGAGAAUGUUACUUCGGAAGCCAAAGGCACUACAAACUCACUCGCCUGUGUCCAGCCAUGGCCUACACGUUUCGGGUGGCGGCACGCAAUGACAUUGGAAUGAGUGGCUUUAGUCCUGAGGUGGUGUUCUACACGACUGGAAAUUUGCCCCACCUGCCCCACGCUCCCCGGCUGGUGCGUGCUGGCAUCUCUUGGAUCACGCUGGAGUGGAACCGGCCAGACGGCUGCACCGCUGAGGAACCUGUCACAUACACGCUGGAGAUCCAGGAGGAGAACAUUGGAACAGAGUUUCACCCAAAGUACACUGGAGAAAACUUGACAUGUACUGUAGAGGGCCUGAAAAGAAGCACACAGUAUAAAUUCAGGCUCAUAGCCUCUAACUUGGAGGGCAGGAGCAGUCCCAGUGAAGUGCUGGUGUGUAAAACCAGUCCAGACAAACCCGGACCCCCCUCCAGACCCUGCAUCAGGGGCCCUAUCAGACCCUAUAGCUUCAGUGUCAAAUGGGAUCCUCCACAAGACAAUGGAGGUUCAGAAAUCUUAAAAUACCUCUUGGAGAUUUCAGAAGGAAAUUCUGAUGCCAACCAGUGGGACAUUGCAUACAGUGGCCCUGCCACAGAGUGUGAGUGUGAGAACUUGAAACCUGGCACUUUGUACAGACUGCGCACCUGCAGCAUCAGCACAGGCGGCCACAGCCAGUGCUCGGAGAGUCUGCCCGUGCAUACACUGUCUGUAGCUCCAGGACGUUGCCAGCCUCCCAGGAUUGUGGGCAAAGCCAAACACAAAGAAGUGCACUUACAAUGGGACUGUCCCUCCUCUGAGGGGGCAUGUGAGGUGAGUGAUUACAGUUUGGAAAUGAGGGAGGGUGAGUCAGAGCCAGCUGAGGUCUAUCAAGGCUCUGAUCUGGAGUGCACCGUGGGCAGUUUGCUCCCUGGAGCCAUCUACAGUUUUCGUGUGCGUGCUGCCAAUGAGGCGGGGUACGGACAAUUCUCUGAACCAACAGAAGUAACAACUGCAGCUGGUCCUCCCAGUCAAUGUGCACCACCAACCCUCACCUUAAUGUCCAAUAACUGUGUGCUGGUUAGCUGGGAGAGUCCAGAGAGUUCAGGGGCCGACAUCUCUGAGUACCGUCUGGAGUGGGGCAGAAAGGAGGAGCCCCUUGAACUGAUCUAUUGCGGCCCUGAUACACAGUGUGAGAUCUCAGACCUCACACCAGCCACUCAUUACAACUGCAGACUACAGGCAGCAAAUCAGGCUGGCGCAGGCCCAUACAGCGAGCAGAGGAGCUGCCUGACCCCUGCCACCGUGCCUGACCCAGUCUCAGUGUUCUAUGUACUUGAGCAUGACCCUACAGACAGUGGCAUCUACUCACCUUCCACGUGCCUGGCUUUGAAAUGGGAUGAACCCUGCAGUAAUGGGGCAGAGAUCACCUCUUACACUCUCAAACUGGAAGAGGAACUCAACAGCCUGGGAAACAGCACCUGCCAUUUGCUGCAGAACCUACAGCCUGACAGUGAAUACAGUGUGCAGAUUCAGGCAGUGAAUGAGAUCGGUGCUGGUCCCUUGUGCCCUCCCCUGCUGGCCCGCACCCGGCCACUGCCCCCUGUCCCUCCCAGACUAGAGUGCACUGCCGCUGGACCCCAGAGCCUCAAACUGAAAUGGGGAGACAGCAGCAAUGCCAAGAGUCUGCUUGGAGAUGAGAUGAUCUACAACCUGCAGAUGGAAGACAAGAACAGAAGGUUCGUCACAAUCUACAGAGGCCCAAGCCACACAUACAAGGUACAGAGACUAAGUGAAUCGAGCAGCUACUGUCUCAGGAUUCAAGCUGUGAGCGAUGCAGGAGAGGGCCCUUUCUCUGAAGUACACACUUUCCAUACCACCAAGUCUGUGCCUCCAGCACUCAAGGCCCCCAAAGUGGUACAAUUGGAAGGGAAUUUGUGUGAGGUCAGCUGGGAGAGCAUUCCACCAAUGAGAGGAGACCCCAUCAGCUACAUCCUACAGGUGCUGGUGGCCAGAGAGUCUGAAUACAAGCAGUUGUAUAAGGGGAAGGACACGACCUUCCAGAUCUCGGGCCUGCAGAAUAACACAGACUAUCGGUUCCGCGUGUACGUGUGCCGCCGUUGCCAUGACAGCACUCAGGAGCUGUGUGGACCCCUCAGCCCAUCCUCACACUUCACACUGCGCCGUACGGAGCUCGCUCUACCCGGAGAGCUCAGCUCCAUGGAGAUCAGCAAGCCCAUCGGCAUGUUUGCCACAGACGAACGCUUUGCAGCGGUCUUAGUCGGGGCUUUUGCAGCCCUUUCUUUCCUCAUCGCUUUUGUGGUGGAAUACUUCUUCAUGAAGUGAGAGAUUAAUAAAAAAAAAAAACAGAAACAGCAGCCAGCCAAGAAAGAAAACAUUAACGUUUGAGUGGCACACACAAACACUUAAGGUAUAUAUCUGAUGCAACGUACUGUUGUCUGAGUAUGUAUACAGGCUCUCUUUAUUGUCUUUGGGUCUAUUUUUUCAUCCUCUCUCUCAGUCUCUUCGUCUUUACAAUGCCUUCCUUCUCCGUGCUGCCUGCGCAUCGCUGUUUCACACACUCUUUUACAGUGUGUGGAUUUUGCUCUGUGGAAGCCUGAACUCUUUUCCGCACCUUAGGGAAGCAAAAUCACAUUAUCAAGCCUUCCAAAAUUUGUGCGAUAGCCUGUUUUGCAUGUUUGCAUUUUUUGUAUCCCUUUAAGUAUUUGUUUGGAGGAAAAUGUAUCGUAUUUCCUCCACAUUCAGCUGGCCUUACUUUGCUGUAUACAAGUGUGCUUCAUGGCAUUUGUUUCACUGCCAUAUACAAGUUGUUGUAAUCAUAGCUUUAUCAAGAUACACAUGGUAAUAUCACAGUUCUACAGACGAGAAGUUUAUAUAGAGUAACUUACAUUUCAGACACAAGAUGGCCUGUUAUUUUGUCUAUUUUCACAAACAAUGACACAUCCCUGUUAUACUAAAUAUCAGCACCCUUGGAAUGCCACUUGUCCAGUCGGAUCCAAGGACCGAAUUGAACUGAUGUAUAAAUGGUAAUAUCCCUUGAUCACAUUUCAUUCAGUGCUGUUUUAAAUAAUCAUGUGAUAUUCACAUUUUUUGUGCUUUACAGAAUGCAUCACCUCAAUAGAAACACUAAAUACUGUUACAGUAGCAAGGCUGGUGUAAAGCCCCCUUAAGCAUUAAGCUGCCAAAGCAAGUUGCAAACCAAGUGUGGUUGAAGUGAUGCUGCUAUUGUGUGUUUGUUUUUCCUAAGAACGGAAUCAGUUACCUAAUAUAUAGAUAUAAAUAUAAAUCUUUAAGAUUUUAUAGAGGAAUUGUAAUAUAAAUAACAGUGAGUUUGAAGUAGAUAUCUCUUUCGGAGCGUGUCAGUUCACAAUCUAUGGUGCUUUAUAAAUAUGUGGUCAGUAGUGGUGGCGAUUGAGGGUAAGGAAGUUUGAUGUGCCACUCAUGUUUGGUUGCAAAACCCUUUGCCACCACACACCCUCCCAGUGAAGAGAAUGGGUCGCUUUUUGGAUGCUGUAUUGUCCCGACCUUGACUGGCCACGUGGUCUUAGGGUGUCUGUCUUAAGGUGCAGUCUGCAUGCUUGAGCAUGUCACACAAGGCUACUUCUUCGCCUUCCUGCCCCCUCAACGACUUGGCUAGGCUCAUGUCGCCCUCUCAGUAGACUGAUUCUUGGGCUCUGUAUGGUGUCUGUUGAUCCAGAGCCCAGCCGAUGGCGGGAGUCAAAAUGGCCAAUGUGUAGCUGUGAAACCGACAUAGCCUGUUUUUCUGAUCCUCACUCUGUGAAUUGCGUUUGUAACCAUUACGCCUCACAACUAGCACUGAAAUUGAGAACAAUGGCUUUAAAGUUACUUGGAUUUAGUAUGGAUUGUAUAGUUUAUAUGCAAUUUUAUAUAGAGGAUAUAGUUUUCUCUGAAUCUGAGCAUAGUCGAGCCAAAUCCAGCCUGUUCUCAUGAACAUUACAUGACCGUGGCAACAUUUUUGCAAAACAAAAUGACAUAUUUUUUUUACACAUUUUGCUGCAGUUUCCCAGUGAAAUGUUCAGCUGGGGGCGCCAAAAGCGAGUGAAAUGGUUUUUAAGAUAAAUAUUAGAUGGAAGUUUUAAUGAUUAAAACGUACCUUCUUAACCUUUAGACUUUAGCCUAAAUUUAAUCAAUACCAAUCCUAAAAGCAAAUGAGAGGUAAACAAAACAGACAUCCUUACCCUAACCGAUAGUGUGGAAAAAGCAAAUGUGACACGAAAAGCACAUUUUCUGAAGCAACCACGUCAUUUCGUGUCACAUGUUUACGCGGAAAAACAAUUAAAAAACAACUUUGCAUAUGAAUGUAAAAUGCAUUCUGUGUGGACGCCCCCUAAGGCCACCUUUAGACUGUCAGCCAAUUCACUUUAAUAGGUGGCUCUAGAUCCAAUUCAUAUCCAAUAUCCGGACAUCUUACCUACAUCUAAACACUCAUAUCUGAUUCACCUCAUACUUUUUAUCAAUAAUAUCCACUGUAAUAUAAGUUUCAUUUAUAUACAUGCAUGUCUUGCAAUUUUUAAAUGUCAAACAUGCGUUUUUCAAAGAGGAGACGUAAGAGACCUGAUUUUGGUCAUACUGUAACUCAAUUUUGAAAGGGGGAAAAAAAAGUGUAGUUACUGUGUUUUGCUUUGCAGGGCACAAUGGCCCUGCAUUUCAAUGUAUUGAAUGUUUCAUUUUCUUUUAAUCCAUGAAAGCCAGUUGGAAAUUUUUAAGGUGCUUUAUCAACAUUAUUGUCAAUGCAGCAGUGAACUCCUCCGCACGCUGCACCUUUUAACGAUGACUGAUGUUCAUGCCAAAACAGCCUGAUGUGCUUGCAGUGCAUCUUUAGCCAAGUAAAGGUACAAACCAGCAGAUCCCAUUGAUCCAAAGAGUUUCUCCAACAUUACACUUGCAGAGCAGUUUUCUAGGGAAGAUUUCUAAAAGGAGAAAAGGGGGGGGGUUUAGACAGACCUCUUCCCCCAACUGACAGCCUGUAUUAUACCUCAGGGACAUGGACUUUUCAGAGGUGAAGAAUUAAAUACUGUGUUUCUGAGAGAGUGCUGCAAACACUAAACUUUACCGAAUAAUAUGAUAUUGCUGUCAUCACUAUGGUAGCAUCAUUCCGUUGUCUGCCUCUGCAGUUUUUUUAUGCAUUUAUUUGAUCUGUUUUCUCGCCUAAGCUGUGCCUUGCUCCAGUUGUCCGUAAGCAGAAUUGUUUACUAGCUCAGUAUACCUUUGCCAAAGUUAAUGGGAAAGUGAGGUAUCACUCUUUUUUUAGGGUUAUUUAUAUACUAUCUUGCAUACAGUACUUUAAAUGGCAAUUAAAGUGCAAUCUUCAUUUAUUUAUUUUUCAAGAAAUUAAGAGAUGUAGUUAUAUACUAUUUUUUUUUCUCUUGUAGCAUGUUUUUUUUUUUUUUUUUUUUUCUAUAAUUUCUUUUUAUGUGUGGUAGAUUACCGAUUAAGGCCAGCAUUCCUUUCAUUCAUAAUUCUGGUUGUUUUCUUUCAUAAAUUGGGAACAUGUAGCAUGUACCAUGCUGAAUCAUUUAUAUAUAACCAUAUAUUCAUCUCCUGUCAGAAAGUGCCACAACUCCAGCUAGUUGUCUUUUCAUUGAAGACUGUAGCAAAUUUAGUUUGCUCAAGUUUAACCUUCUUUCUUUUUUUUUUUGAGAGAGAGAGAGAGAGAGAGUGUAAUUGGACACCGUGCGCAGCUACGUUUGGUAUUGCUAAAGAGUGUUAUGAAGCUUGUUAUCAUACUGUUUGCCAAAGUGGAGGCUUGUCCACAUUGUUGCUUUAAUUGAAAGGGUUACUUGAGAAAUCCUGGAUCCAUUUUCUUGAAAAAGAAAAAAAUACUUUUUAGUUAAACUUUAUUUUUUUUAUUUUAUUUUAUUUUUUUUUAUUGCGCCAUUAUUUGAAUAAUACUUCUGAGGUGAAAUUUUACAUGCUAUUUCACACUGAAAGUAAACCAAAACAAUCAAACUGUUUUUAGACAAAUGACAUUUCUCAUUUUCCAUUUUUUUUUUUUUUUUUUUUUUUUUUUCAGACAUGUCAUAGCGCAAUAGUGAACUUAUUCUAGUAUAUUUGCUAUGGAAUUAUAUAGAGAGGUAUAUAGAUAUAUAGUAUGACAACUAACAGAAAUGAAGCACUUUUUAAAGCAAAACAUUAAUCUUUAUUAGAUUUAUCUUAAUGAAACUGUAUUUUUUAGUCAGUGUUGCUAUUGUUUUCUAAUUAAAAGUACCAUGUCGAAAGAAUACCCCCCCCCCCCAUGACUUCAAUGUUUUUUUUUCCCCACUCUUUCUUCCUUGUAAAAUAAUAAUAAUUAAACAACACAAAUUUUUGUGGCCCAAGUACUGUUUUGUGUUUUUAUGUUGUAUUUUAUUCUGUUUUAUUUCUGUUUUAUUUGUGCUUUAUUUUAAAUACAGUAUGAAAAAGAAUUAGAAAAUGAUGGUUUGGAGAUUUAUCCAUUCUCAGAGUUCUCCCAAGAAAAAUAUAUAGAAACCGCUAGUGUAUUCCAACUAUUUUCCAAAAAUUAUAUAUUUUUACCUCACAGUUUAAAAAAGAAAGAAAAGGAGAAAAAAUAUACAAAACAUUCCAGGCUUGUCAUGAUCUACAAUUUUUUAAAGUCAUACAUUGUUUUCUUGUAUUGUAAAUGUCAGAUAAUUUCAUAUGCAUAUAUAUAAAAGAAACUGCCAUAUCAAUGUUAAUGUAUAGAUUUUUGCAAAUACUACCCUAUGUAUGUAAGACUCAACUGUAUCUGUAGCGUGUAUGUAAUAUAUUUAUACCCAAUAAAUGUUUUAAUUUUUUUUUUCUGACAGAUUUUUCUAUCUGAGAUCUUAAGCUUUUUCAUGUACAUCAAAUAAAGCUUA